AUGGCUACGCUCAUCGCAGGCACGGCGCUUGUCGCUCCUGUGUUCGCACUUGGGCCGCUGCGUCAUCCUCCGCCGGCGAUGCAGCAGGGCCGGUUUCCGUACCGAUAUGGCGGCCCGGGCUACGAGCCUCGCGGGCCGUGGGGCGGUUAUGGCGGCUUCUGCGGCGGCGGCUUCGGCGGCACUCCGCAGCAGAGCACCGCGCAGGCUGCGGAGAUGGCCCGGCAGCGGGCGGAGGCAGCAAGGGUGGCAGAGAAGGCUGCGAGCGAGGCCGCUCGUCUCGCACAGGAGGAGGCUGACGCGAUCGCCGAGUUGGUCAAGGCCGAGGAGGCGGCAGCCAAGGCGCGGCGGGACGAGGUGGAGGCGCUCCAGCAGGCGGCCGUCGCCGCAAGGGAGCGUGCCGAGGCGUCGGCGCGGGCGGUGCCGCCUGGCCCGAUGCCAGUCGGCUCCCCUCCCGGCAUCGACCCUUUCCCUUACCCUGUGCGAAUGAGCUCCUUCGGCCCGCCCGUGCGCAGAGCGCCAGCUCGCGCCCAGCGCACUUAUGGCGGGCGCAGACAAGCGCCGCACUCGACGAGGGACGGCACGGGCGAAGCGUCCGCUCCUUCCACUUCCUCGCAAGGCGCCUCCUCGGUGCGGCGCGAGGCGCUGACGCGGAACCAGGCGGCCUUCCACGGACGCUAG